AUGCGUGCGCCGUCGACAGAUCUUCUCCGCGUACUGCGUCUCACAGUUGACCGACCUACAGAACGCCCUGUCCCUCUCUGCACUGCAGCCCGACGGCUCGCAGCUUCGCGAACUCUCACAUUCUCUUCUCGCAGCCUUACCACAUCCUCGAAACCAAAUGUUUCCUCUCCUUCCGCCUCUCCGACACGGUCGAGACCUUCGAAUCCCCGUGCCCCUACCACCUACGACCGUGGCCCAGCCUCCCAGGAAGAAACACAAACGGAUUUUAGCAAAAUGGACAUUCUCUCCAACGCCGGCGCCGUAACGCCUGCCACGGCCAUAGAUGCCUGCUACCCAGACGGCUUUCAGCUGAACAACGGCAUUCACACAUCCCGCGGCGUAGGCGUGCUCCUUCUCGACGGCGAAACGUUUCUCUGGACACCCUGGACGUCCUCAUCCUCAACCACCAAAACAAAGGCAGGAGACGCAAAUACAAACAUCGGCGGGACAGAAGGACUGCCUGGCUUCAAAAGCCUCCUCGACGCCCGCAGCAGCUUAACCAUCCCGCCGUCAUCCCUGGGUAUUCUGGCCAUGGUAUACCCAAAACCGGACCUCUUGAUCGUCGGUACCGGUCGAGCAUUGUGCAUGCUCAGCCGCGACACGCGACGAUAUUUGUCUGAGGAUCUCGGUGUCAAAGUUGACGUCAUGGACACCGCGAACGCUGCGGCCGCAUAUAAUUUGCUGGCGACGGAGAGGGGGACCGCGGAGGUUGGAGCGUUGAUGAUUCCCGAGGGAUUCAAAGGCUGA